AAACAGUAUCCUGACGCUGAGUGCAUUGGUACGCAUAAAAGGUCGGCGUGGCCGAACGCAGGUACGAACGUUCCACGUGUGUCCACUCAUCGCAAAAAGUUGUAUAAUGAAAAUCUCAGGGCUGAGUAUACGGAGGUCUAAAUAAGGUUAUUUUACCAGUUUAACCGGUUUUCGAUAGAUAACAAUCGAAUUGACUUAUUAUGCCACUUACUGCAAUUACCGCUACGGAAUAUAAGACGUCAAGUCUCGGUACUCGGAGGUGCACUGUGCUAUUAGCUAAACGGCUAGACGGAUCUGUGAAAACAAGGAAUCCGAUUCUCAGUACUACAUUUAAAUAAGCAAAUUGUAAAAAUUAAAAUAAUGGCUGUUGGGAUAGUAGAGGUCCUAUUAGGGAUGGGAACUAUUUUACUUUUACUCUACUACUUUAUGAUUAUGGGCUUCGACUUUUGGGAAAAGCGCGGCAUUCCCGGUCCAAGGCCCAUACCAUUGUUCGGAAACUUUAAGGAUGUGAUCCUCGCGAAAAUGCACCAAGCAGACUAUCUGAAAAGUAUUUACGAAAACUACCCCAAAGAACCGGCGGUCGGAGUUUUUAUGUGGAAUAGGCCAGUGUUAGUAGUGAAAGAUUUGGACAUGAUUAAAGAUGUGUUAAUCAAGAGCUUUUCCGACUUUUCGGAUAGAGGAAUUUUCGUAAUUCACGAGGACAUAGACCCGUUGUCUAAGCACCUAGUAUUUUUGGAACCGAAGAGAUGGAAGCCACUGAGAAAAAAGCUCACACCAGCUUUCAGUUCAGGGAAGUUAAGGGAAAUGUUUUAUUUGAUCAACGAAUGUGCUACUCAUUAUGAUCAAUACAUGCAGACCAUAGUGGAUAAGAAAGAACCAGUAGACUGCCGAGAUUUGGCAGCCAAAUUUACGACUGAUGUGAUCGGAGUUUGUGCAUUUGGAUUAAACAUGAACGCUCUUUUAAAUGAGGAAAGUGAGUUCCGAAAGAUGGGCCGACUAAUUUUUGCUGACUCUUGGCACAAUAGAGCGCGUCGACUUACUAGGCUGCUACCCCAUUGGUCGGCGCGUUUCUUAAAACCUAUAGCUCGAGAUGAGAAAAUCAUCGAUUUCUUUGUUACGACGCUCAGGGAGACCAUGGAGUACAGAAAGAAAAAUAAUGUACGGAAGCAUGAUAUUGUAGACGUUUUAAUGGAUAUAAAGGAGAAUCCGGAACAGUUUAACGACGAAGAAAUCACAGAAUUGUUUUUAACCGCUCAAGCUUUUGUAUUUUUCAUUGCUGGAUUCGAUACAACAUCUAAUGCAAUGAGCCAUGCCAUGUACGAGCUAGCCUUGAAUCCGGACAUUCAAGAGAAACUUCGUCAAGAAGUAAACGCAACUUAUUCCGAAAAUAAUGGAAAAUUUUCUUACGAUAGCGUACGAAAUAUGAAGUACUUGGAUAAAGUGUUCAAGGAAACAUUAAGAAAGUAUCCGCCGGCAUUUACUCUUUCUAGAAAAUCAAUGAAUAAUCAUUCUUUUUCUGGUACUAAAAUCACCAUUCCAAAAGGAACUAGUCUAAUGAUUCCGACUUACGCCAUACAUCAUGAUCCUUCUUAUUACCCGGAUCCUGAUAAAUUUGACCCUGAACGAUUUGACGAAGGAAAUGCGAACAAUAGGAUCCACAUGACUUUUCUGCCUUUUGGAGAUGGACCACGAAAUUGCAUUGGAGAACGUUUUGCAAACAACCAAUUUAAAGUGGGAAUCGCCAUGACUGUUCGAAAAUUUAAACUCGCAGUUUGUGAAAGGACUUGUAAAAAUUAUGUAAAGCACGCGAGAUUAUCAACACUUUCACCCACGGAUGGACUGUACUUGAAAUUUAAAAGCAUUUGAUUUGCUAGAAUGUGUGUGCUAUAAGAAUGUUAGAUUAUUUUUAACAGCGUCGAAUCCUAUGUUUAAUAUUAUCAUAGCAGGAGCUCAGAUAUAUUUAAGUACGCAUCAUGCUUUGCAUAUACAUUAGGCCUAAUAUAAUUAAUCUAUAUACGUAAAAAAACUAACUUUUGUACAUUGCAUUUAUCUUUUUUAAAUCGUUAUGGUAACGAAAAGUUUGUGAUUUUUAUCAAAUUUAAUAACUUUGGGACUGCAUAAAACUUUGUCCGUAAAAGUUAAAUCUGAUGCAUAAGAGCAGAUUCCACAGAUAAUGGUAUUUUGUAGCGGAAGCAUGAGCGUCUUUCCGUCAUAUAUGAUUGACAGUAUAUGGAUACAAUUGAGAAAGUUAAAUGCCUUUUAUCUAGUUUCUUAUCAGAUAAAGAUGAUAUAUAGAAAAAUAUAAGUGGGUACACGUUUUUAUCAAGAUUUUCACCAUCACUUUUCCUGAAUAAUAGAUUUAACUUUAUCUCAGCUUCAUGAUUUGUCUAGAAAAGUAAAAGUUCUUUUUGAGUAUGUUUUCCGAGAAACAUAUUCCAUCAAUGUGCAUACAAACCGUGAAUUUCUUAUAAUAUUAUAAUGUUCAUGGCAGUGUAUAAUAUAUACUUUAGAUAAGUAUACUAUAUUUCUAAAUGAAAUACUCAUAAGUAUAGGGUCCUGCCAUGCGAAUCUAUUCUAUUACAUUUGACACUCGCUCCGUAUCCAAUUUUAAUAAAAAAUUAUAGGAUUGCAAUUUAAAUGACAAAGAAAUAGCAACUACUUAUACAACAAACUUCUAUUGAAGAUCGUAGCUAUAAAUAAUUACCCAUGUAUUUUGCUAUUUCUACUAAAAAAUCUAUGUUUGGCGACAUGUAUGACAAACGUGAGUGUGGUUUGGUGCAUUUUAUAAUAAAAUUCAAGAUUUCUAAAAAGGGAUCUUAGACAAGAAAAGUCUAGAACUCAUAACUAUAUUUUUCAGUCAAAUUGUUCACAGCAAUUUUACCUAUAUUCAAACGAUCUCGUAAAAUUAAUUAUUUUUAUUUCAGCUGUAUAAGUCUCUUAAAUCAUCAAUUCAAUCUCAAAUAAGAGAGGUAGCGAUCAGUAUCGAAUUGAAGCUAUAGGGUCGAUUCAGAUUGUUAUUAAAAAAAAUUCAUUGAUGGGUACAUUCGACACGCAAAAUCUGAUUCGAACUAUUUGAAUUUUGCAUCGUGUAAUAUGGACUUUGCCAAAAUCAAAGUUGUGAUUUCGAGUGUUUAGAGGUUAAAUCGAGCUCAUUUUUUUAAAUGUCCAUAUUACACGAUGCAAAAUUCAAAUAGUUCGAAUCAGAUAUUUUACGUGUCGAGUGUACAGUUGAAAAAGGGUUCUAUAACCUUAGAGUUUGAUAACGAUUGCGCGCAAAGGGCAAUUUCUGUUAUCUAUUCGAGGUGUUACGCGAUGAGUGACGCCAAAUACGUGUAAAAUUAAAUGGGUUGGUCAGUAUCAGAACUAAAAUAAGUAUCAUUUAACAUGGAGCGUAUAUGGCUCGCGUAACACCUCGAAUAAAUCAUAACAAAUUAUUGCUGUGCCGUAACUGUAUUUUUCGAUUUUCACAAACGCAUGCAGUCGACUUGAACAGUUUGAAUGCAGCUCUUUUACCGGAGAGAUGUUUCGAGAUGGAAAAUAUAAACAAAAAAAAAAAAAAAAUAAAAAUCAAAAAAACAUGAAUAUCGCCCUUGAACAUAACCAGCGCAAGUGCAAAAUAUAGUAGUGAGUGAACUAAUUAGUUUGAAAUGCGGGUUUCGUAUUUUUUGAAUCUUGAAGAUUUUUGCGUGAUUAAGGUUUAUUUAUAAUCUCUGUUUCUUCGAUAAGUCAAUCAAAUAGGAUAGUCAACUUAAUCCUCAUAUUAAAAAACGCAUAAAACGCUGUGAAUAGUUUUCCUAGAAAAUAAGGUUAGAAAAAAUGCAAUCUUUGCAUCGCAACCGUUAUCUAUACUUUUAUUGAUUAACUAUUCUAAUAAAUAAAAGAACGUAUUUAUAUACUAUUGAAAAUUAGAAAUACCAAUUUAAAGGUUAGUGCGCAUAAAACUACAAACAUAAACUAUUGCACGUUAUUAUUAUACAUAUAAUAUAUAUUUAUGUGCAGUAAUACGUACGGCCGAUAUAAUGAUCGCGUAAAAAGGGGAACCACUGUAUGAGCAAGUAACUGAACUUAUAAAAGCUGCAAGACUUCUGACUAUCGUUCACUGUAGGUACACUUCUACUUCAGCGUAAGAUACACUGAGUUUCAACUUUGUAUAGAGGUUAAUAUAUACUUUGCAUAAAUUUAUGCUCGAACAAAGUCUUAGCACAUUCUGUAUAGAAGAAAAUAUAGUGGUUAUACUCAAGA